CAUCUCGAUCCAUUCUGCUCCUCCUCUAUUUCUAUUUCUAACUCCCUUUUACCUUAUCAAUCUGCUGAGAGAGAGAGAGAGAGAGAUAGAUGGGGGACAUUGAUGUUGAUAUUUUUCUAGAGACCUUGAAGCAGCUUAUAACGAGCUCCAACUCUGAUUUGAUCAUAGCCAAGAAAGAUCAACUUCAAUCUCUUGAGAACGAGAUAAAGUACCUUAGAGGGUUUCUCAAGAUUACAGAGAAGAAACGCAACGAAUAUUCAGAAGUGAUGAAACUUGUUAUGCAUAUCAAAGACGUGGUAUCCAAAGCAGAGAACAUCGUAGAACUAUUUGUAAGUCAUGCUUUCAAGACUGAUGCCUCUCCAUUUCAAAACAACAAUAAAAAGAAGAAGGCUAUUCAUGAACAUCAGGAUCAUCUUUCUUGGGUCCUAGAAAGUGUCAAAAAGAAGAUCAAGAGUCUUAUGGCUAACGUGAAGGAGAUUUACGAUAAGAAUAUGUAUGACAUUAACGGAGUAGCAGUCAAAAAACCCAAGCACUCUUCUACAAAAAGUGAAGCAGGAUCAAGUUCAUCAAGAGGGAAAAACACAUCCAAAGUAGUAGAAGAGAAGACGCUGGUCGGUUUCGAGGAUGAGGUAGAGACGUUAAUGGGAAAGCUUCAUGAUAGUGGAGAAGGUGGACGGCUGGAGAUUGUAUCAAUCAUCGGUGCCGGUGGUGGCGGCAAAACCACAUUGGCUAGAGAAGUGUAUGAUCAUCCUUUGACGUUGCAUAAGUUCGAAAUUCGUACAUGGAUCAAUAUUUCUCAAAACUAUAACAAGACCAUGAAGAGGGAUUUGUUAAUUAUUAUUCUGGAAUCAGCUUCCCCAGGAAAAUAUAAAGAUUAUGGGGAGAGUAAUGAGGAUAAGUUGGGAGAAAAGGUAUAUAAAUGCUUACAGGGUAGACAAUAUCUCAUUGUCAUGGAUGACAUAUGGGACAUUGAGGCUUGGAAUGAUAUCCAAAGAUCAUUCCCUAGGGAAUGCAAGGGGAGUAAAGUGUUGUUAGUUAGUCGAUUAUGUCUUCAACAAGACGGCGUCCCCUACGUCCCUCAUUGUUUGGAUCCUUUACCAAAAAGUUGCAGUUGGGAGUUAUUACAAAAGAAGGUAUUCGGGAAGAAACAAUGCCCACCGGAGUUGGUGGACAUUGGUAAGCAAAUGGCAGAAAAAUGUAAAGGACUACCACUCGCGGUUAUCGCAAUAGCUGGCAUUCUAGCAACGGAAGACAAGACACUCGAAGUAUGGGAGAAAGUUGCCAAACAUUUAAAUUCAAUCAUUGCGAAAAGUUCGGAGGGUUGCAUGGAGAUACUAGAACAUAGUUACAAUCACCUGCCUCCUCAUUUAAAAGCGUGUUUUCUUUACAUUGGAGGACACCCUGAAGAUUCUGAAAUCCCCGUACGCGAGUUGAUAUGGUUAUGGAUUGCAGAGGGAUUUAUUCAGCAAAGUGAUGGGGGGAAAAGCUUGGAGGCCAUAGCACAAGAUAACUUGAUCGGCCUUAUUGAUAGAAAUCUCGUAAUGGUAGCUAGGAAAAGUAAAUCCCACGGAGGAAUUAAAUCAUGUCGUAUCCAUGAUCUUCUACGUGAAUUAUGCUUGAGAAAAGCAGAGGAAGAUAAUUUUCUUGUGCAAAAUUAUGGUGAUGAUUCUUUUUCACCUUCGGCUACAAACAAGCAUCGUCGCCUCUUCAUUGGCAGUAAGUUCUUACAAAACUUUCCCCCAAGGCCUUGUGCUCGAAACAUUCGAUCUUUUCAGUACCUCUCCUUGCCGAACUCCUUAGAUUCAUCGCUUAUACAGAAUCUGUCAUUCUUUGUUGAAAACUUCGAACUUCUCAGGGUGUUGCAUUUUAGGUCCGCUACAAGUGUAGGAGAAAUAGGAAUAGGAGAUCUAGUUCAUUUAAGAUACUUAGCACUCACAUUACCAAUCGAUCCGCAAUGUUUUGAUGACCUCUUUGAGAGAGGACCAAAUUGUUUUCACUACCUCUUGAACCUAGAAACCUUUAACGUCCAAGUUACAUUCAGGGGCAUGAUUUCUUUGCCUCGCCAUAUAGUUAAGAUGGUUAAGUUGAGGCAUCUAUAUACUAAAAUUGGGACAUUCCAAUAUCAUAAUGUUUGUAAUUAUGAUGAAGAGGAGGGGAAUAUGUUGGAUAGCUUACAGACCUUGCACCGAAUGUGUGCUUGUGAGCAUUGCCUGCGUUUGCUGGAAAGGACUCCCAAUCUAAGGAAGCUAGGACUUCAUGGAGGAGAUCUACGUCUUCAUAUUCUUGCCGACCUAGAAUUCUUAAAAUGCCUUGAGAUACUCUAUGUCAACGAAGCAAGUAUUGGCCGCCUGAAGCUUCCUUCGACUCUUACGCGGCUAACUUUGAUACAGACGAGAUUGAAGUGGGAGGAGCUGUCAAUAAUCCUCCAAACCCUACCGAGCCUUGAGGUUCUCAAAUUAUUAAACAAAGCCUGUGUGGGACUAGUUUGGAACACAAGUGAACUCGAGGAGGGGUUCUCUCAACUCAAGUACUUGAAGUUUAGAUGUAUGAACAUCGAGGAGUGGAAUGCUUCCGAAGAUCAAUUUCCGAGACUUGAGGUCUUACUAAUCGAUUGGUGCGCAAAAUUGAAGCGGAUCCCAAUUGAUUUUGCUAAUCUAAACGAACUUUGCGAAAUUAAGAUACGGUGUUCCAAUUCCACUCUAGAGGAAUCGGCCAGGGAGAUUCAGGAAAGGCAAAGAAAUACAAAAGGUGAUGAUGAUUGCGUAAAUACUAUCUUCCACAAAAAUUAUGCAAUAUCAGAUGAUGAUUGGGUCGAUCUGCAUGAGCCGAUGAGUCGGGUCAGAAAGUGAGGCGUUGGGACGUGGAGGUGAUUUUCAGUGGGGGUUGUGGAAAUGGAGCCACCGUGUGUAUAAUACUACUCCAGUGGAGAAAUGGUUUUCCAGUUACUAUUAAUGGAGGUUUGCAGGGCAAGAACGCAAGUAUCUCUGUUUCCAUCUAUCUAUUCUAUUCUAUAUUUUAUGUUAUAAAGCAUGAGUCGGGUUUUAAUGUUCAUCAAAGGACCAAAAUUUUGCCUUGUCUAUUUUGACCUCCGUUUAGUUUGUUUAUUGCGAUAGCUGAUUUGUCA